UUAAUUCUAGUAGACUUUGACAUUUAUUCUAUUUAAAGUUUAAUAAUUAAUCCGAUUUAAAAAGUGAAGAAAAAUGACUGAAAAUUCAUCAAAUUUUGUUUCUGCGCCAAGUAGUGUGGAAUGGCUGUACAGCAACGAUCCAAAAAAGCAAUUAAUAUGCCUGAAAUCGAUUCGAAAGAAGUUAUCGAAAAAAGAUCCAGAUAUUGAAAAUAUGCUUUAUGUUACUUCAAGAGUAUUGGAAUUGAUAAUCUCACGAAAUGAUUCAGAAGGUUUACGCGAAUGUACAUGGAUAUUGACUAAUAUUGCGUCUGGAUACAGUCUUGGAGUUGAUGAAAUACUCAAACUGAACGGAACUACAAUCCUUAAGAAACUUAUCGACAAGACAUCAGACAACAUUGUAAAGAAUCAAUGCUUCUGGACAUUUUCGAAUAUAGCAUGUGAGGAUGAACAAUGUCGAGAUCAUGUGCUUUCUUUGGGAAUAUUUCAUAGUCUAAUAACGUUUAUAAAGGAGAUUUUUGAGGAAAAUGACGAAGAUAUUUUGAAAACUUGUAUCUGGACUCUAGCAAACUUCUUCUUGCCAAAGUUUACAUCACUACAUGACGACUAUUGUAAGCUAGGAUUAAAAAUGUUCAUAAAAUGUUUCCGACAUUCAAACCAGAUUCUUAGAAAGGAAGCAGCUUUUGGAAUCCUUCACAUUAUGGAAAAUCGUAAAUACAUCGACAAUAUUAUUGAAUCUGGUAUUUUAAACGAUAUCCGCACAGAACUAGAAUUUGAAGAAGACACAAAAAUGUUGUCUUGCAUGAUACGAAUUGUUGGAAAUUUAGCAUGGGGAAAUGAUCAGCAAACUCAGUCUUUAAUCGAUAAUGAUUUUAUUUACGUCUUUCACAAGCUCUUAUACACUGAACAUAAAGAAUUGUUAAAGGAAGUCAUUUGGACCUUGUCAAACAUUGCGGCAGGAAAUCGAGCACAAGUUAAGGCAAUCAUGGAUGGACAAAUUUUCCCAAAACUUAUUGGCAUGCUUAAUGAUGAGAACUUUAGGAUUCGACGUGAAGCUGUUUGGGUGAUCAAUAAUUCAACUCAAAAUGGUAGCAGCGAAGUUAUCGUCCACCUUGUCAAACUGGAAGUAUUAAAAUAUUUAACGACACUUUUGGAUGACGAUGAUCAUGAAAUUGUAAAGGCUUGUGUUGAUUCUAUAUUCAAUAUUUUACAGACUGGAGAAAUGUACUUUAAGGAUGUCAAUUUGUUUGCAAUUUUGGUUGACAAGUAUGGAUCUUUGAAGAAGAUUGAGCAUCUUCAGUUCCAUAAGUCAUGGCUUAUUGUGGAUAAAGUCUUGCGUAUUUUAGAAUCAUUUUACAAGCGAGACGUGAAGGAAGUUCCAAAAAUUUAGAGCUUGCUGUUUAUAUUUUAUAUGAAAAACAUUAUUGACAUCAAAAAUUGAUUACUUAAUGAUCGAGAAUUCGAUUUGCAUAUUUUAUAAAUUACAGUAUUAUUCUGUCCUAAUUAUUAUUCAUAUUUGUGACCUGAUUUCAUUGAUAAUAUAUAGUGUCUAUCAAUAUUUUAC